CACCCUAACCUCUCUCUUCGUCGCAGGCUCGCAUCAAAACCUCAUCGCACUUCCACCUCCGAUCGGUUUCCGGCGACCGGGAAACCAUCUCCAUCGGGGUAUGAGGAAGAAGAUCCAUCCUAGUUCCUCUUCAUUCGACACCCCAAAGCCCUCCUGCGUCGACCACCACCAACUCCAUCCUCACCCACCUCUUCAGACAGCGGCGCCGACGACCCUCACCGUUUGGCGGAAAUCGCUUCUAUUCAACUGUAACGGAUUCACUGUCUUCGAUUCAAAGGGAAAUCUCAUUUAUCGUGUCGACAACUACUCCAAAUCUGGAAGCCAGGGCGAGAUCGUACUCAUGGACGCCGCCGGCAAGCCCUGUCUCACUAUUCGCCGCAAGACGAAGCUGAUUCUGGGCGAGCACUGGGGGAUUUACGAAGGCGAAACUACGACGAACCCUAGAUUUUCAGUGCGAAAGCACAAGAGCCUCUUCCAGUCGAAGGCGCUUGCUCGCCUAUCCCCUCGUUCCGCGGCGCCAGUCGGAUGCGGCUGCAAAGUCUCCAUCGCCGGCGGCGAGGGGUACGAAGUGGAGGGAUCGUACAAACAGCGGCGGUGCGCUGUGUUCGACGAGAAGCGGCGGGCAAUGGCUGAGAUCCAGCUGAAGGAGGCCGUGAGUGGUGCGGCUUUUGGACUCGAUGUAUUCCGUCUUGUGGUUCAGCCAAGCUUCGACUCUGCUGUCGCCAUGGCCAUCGUUAUUCUCCUCGAGGAGAUGAUCGGAUCCAAGACCUAGCCAUCAUGAGCUAGUUUUUAUUUUUAAUUUUGGGCGGUCUUUUAUUUUGUUCUUCUCGGCUUUUGUCGUUAUAUGAAAUAUUUCUGGUGACAGAAAAAAUUGGUAUGCCUUUUUUAUGUGCUCUAAAUGUAAAUUCACUCUUGAUUUCUUAAAAAAAAAAGGUGCAAAUAAUUUCCUAUUUCUCAA